CUGACGUCACGCGGCUCGGUCCGCCCACCCCGCUUCUCCUCUGUGUCUCCUUCUCGCAGUCUGGUCGAGAGUCAAAGCCGAAAGCAGAGAGAACAUCGACGGUUCUAACUGAACCGAGAAUCCACGGCAGUCAUGGCGGCGCCGUUAGCCCACUUUGAUGAGGACUGGCAGGACUUUAACGAAUUCAAGCCGUCCUCGGACGUGGUCGACCCACUAGACAAGCUGAACUCAAACGUGGGCGAUUCGUCGGGCCUAGACGAUUUCUCGGAUCUGGACAACAGUUUCUCUGGGGAGAUCUGCAGCUUCAAGUCCAUGGAGGACCUUGUCCACGACUUCGACGAGAAGCUCACAGUGUGUUUCCGAAACUACAACACUACGACGGAAAACAUAGCUCCCAUUAAACCUAUCACCGAGGAUAAUUACUUGAAAGACGACGAGGUGUGGAACGCUCUGACGGAUAACUACGGCAAUGUGAUGCCGGUGGACUGGAAGACAUCGCACACUCGCUCCUUACACCUGCCUUCCCUCAACCUCACCGAACACGAGAAGUUGGAUAACCAAUCUUUAGAUCUGUCUGACGAUGAGGAGCUGAGGGAGCAGAUGGACAUGCACUCAAUCAUCGUCUCGUGCAUCAACGACGAGCCGCUUUUCACAGCCGAGCAGGUGAUUGAGGAGAUAGAGGAGAUGAUGCAGGAGUCUCCAGACCCAGAGGACGAUGAGAGUCCUUCACAGUCCGACUUGUCCAUGCUCUCUCAAGACCUCAAUGCUCUAAAACGCUCCGGGUCCAACACCAGCUACGAGGACCGGCUGCGUCAGAUGUCCGUGUCGGAGCUGACUGAGACUCUGGAGGAAGUGGAGGCGGCCAUUCGUCGCUACAGUGAGGAGCUGAUCCAGGCUCUGGCUCUGCGAGAUGAAUUGGACUAUGAAAAGGAGGUGAAGAACAGCUUCAUCUCACUGCUCAUUGAAGUGCAGAACAGACAGAAGGAGCACCGCGAGCUGCUGCGGAAGAAGAAGAAAAUCCGGCACACGACUACGAUGGGGCCCAACGGCCAGAGGACGGCCAGCACGCACAUACCCGGCACGCUCCUCACUGUGGAGGGACUCUCCAAUAUCAUUCAAAAUGGCCUCCGUCAAACUUUUGGCAACACAGGAGGGGACAAACAGUACCUGACCACAGUGAUCCCUUAUGAGAAGAAAGCAGGCCCCCCGUCUGUAGAAGAUCUCCAGAUCCUCACAAAGAUCCUCCAUGCCAUGAGGGAUGACAGUGAGAAGGUACCUGCCCUCCUAACAGACUAUAUUCUCAAAGUCCUCUGUCCCACGUAAGGUCAAAGGCGACACUCCUGUUUCCAGAACCAUCCACUGGACCAUCAGAAGAGGGUUCUGGUAAUCCAGGAAAAACCCACAAAGUGGCCCCCAGUUUCCACAUCAUAGACUUUCUUUCCUUGUGGUACUUUUUUUUUUAAACUCUGUUGAUCCUAGGAUUUUAACUCUCCUUGACUCGUAUAUUCCAAUGUAACUUUUAACUUUUUAAUGCUUGAGUACUACAUCUCUAUGUAUGUUCUGACUGCAUGAUAACUUGUCUAUAGAUGCCAGUAAUCAGUAUUAGUCUGAACACUUCACUUCCUGGUUUGUGCAGGGCUUUUUUUUUUUUUUUAGAGUUGUGAACAGUCAGGAAAAUAACAAAAGUUCAACCUGCGUGUAACGUCAUCAAGCUUGUGUGAGGUGAAAUUUGCAUCUGUGUAGUUCAUGCCUGACAGGAAAAACGAAUCCGGGCAGAAUCUGUGAAUCUCAAAGUGCCGGGCAAGUCGUGUUAUGAAGUCUUGUUUUGUUAUUUCCUCGUUAGGAAUCCAUUGCAUUAAUGGCAUUUGUUGAUGGUUGCACAUCAUGACAGCGUCUUAAGGUUGAAAACUGCUUGGUGAGGAUCAAGGAACAAACCCUUUAAUUUAAAAAUGCAAAACUGUAGGUAGUGAUGUUGUUGCAUGUUGCUUUAGGGUUUGCACUCGUUAGUAGCUGUUAGCUGAAUGUUAAGAUGAAAUAUUUUGUAUAUGAUGAAAGAAAUUGCACAGUUUGGGGAACUUUUUUUUUUUAAAUAGGGAAAAAAAGUGGAAAGACUUAAAGUCGUAGCUGGAUGAACAAAUAUGUAAAGCAUAUUUUUGGAUAAGGGGAUGUUUUUAGUGAGAUAAGGGACUUUGUAAACAUUUUGUAAAUCUAGUCUGUUGACCUCUGAGCCCUCAAGUAGUAACCUCCCCAUUCCCACCAGUGUCAUCACUUCCCCACGAGGUGUCAUUUCACGAGUCUGCAGAUACCUCAUGUGGUAAAGUUCAGCAUUAGUGGCAACCAGUCUGUCUGAUUGUAUGUUAGCUUGGUGUUGUAGCUCAAAUGAAGUCAGAUUUGGUAAAUAGUUAAGCAUCUGUUAUUAGUUGUGGCAUUUUUAAACCAGUCUCUUACAUCUUUAGCAGUUAAAUUUUAGUGGUAGCACUUUACUCCGUCAGUGAUCUGAUCGUGUGCUGUCGUAGCACAGAGUACGUCUCAGUAGAUUAGUGUGUGGUGAAGCAAAACUGCUGUGUAAUGUCUUCGGCGGAUCUGGAGAACCUUUAACAUGAUGUCACCAAGGUUAUUUCAUCCCAGGCUUGAGAAAACCUUCAGGAUCUGCACUAGGACUAAAAGUCUGGGCUUUCUUCCAAGUCUUUCUGGAAGUGCAAUACUUACUGGCAGGAGUUGCCCCUCUAAAACCAACCGCGUCUUCAGCAAGUUGGCACGCUAACGUUCGAAACACCAGCCGCUACAGGUGCACCACACACUGUCAGAUCAGGUCUAGUCUAGCUCUCAGGUACGAUCAUCAGUGUUAGUAGUUUAAAUCAUCCUCAGAAAGUUGCUGACAUUCCUGAGUCGUCUUUUAGCAGCUAGACUUGGAGCUUGCUGCACUUCUAUCUUAGAAAUGUUCUCAUGCAUAGCAGCCACUCGGCUGAACCCGCUCAGAAUCAUGUAGUACGCUCUGCAGUCAUAGCAGCAGCUGUAGCGCAGGUAACAUCUGUAGAGGCUGCAGUAGCAUCUGCUUGUUGUAGGGGUCUUCUUAUAAUAGCAUAGCUGUGGUUAACACAUCUGUCUUUUACUGGGUAAUAAUCGAACGCCUCGCUCUCGGAAAGGGGAGUGAUGAAGAUGAUGAAUGUCGGGGACCGCACAAACGGUUGCUUAAAUGAAUAGGGGGUCAUUUAUUUUGUAAAGGAAGUCAAAAGCUUGUAGUGCUGUGUUAAGACUAUUUAUAUGUAACCUGUUUCUACUUUUGCCAGCUAAGAAAACAUUCGCAACCAAGCAUGUGCUGCAUGCACUUUAGUGUUGCAAACACAUUUCUUAUGGUUAAUGAUUUGUCUGUUUAGGAGCAUAUGGAUAUUAGAUUAAAGGGACAAGCAGAGUUUUUUUUUUUUAUAGUUUUAACUCGUGGUAAGUAAUCAGAAGUCCUAAAAUCAGAGGCAGCGAAAUACUUAAAUCAUAUCUUGAAAGGUGUCUAUUGAUUUGUCAUAAUCUGGUUAGGAAAGUGCUUAAAUUAAACUAGCUUUUAAUGCCAUCUGUGUAAAUAAAACACUGAUUUAUAAUGACAUGGCAGUCAGCACAGAGGUCACUGAAAGAUCUCGUCUCAGGCCAGAGCCUCUCAUCCGGCCUGCUCAGCAGACAUAUCAGUUCAACUACCAAUUGAAAGAUUUAUAUUUAUAUAUGUACAACAAGCAAUGAAAUAAGAGGCUGCCUUUGUAAAUGCCUGAAAAUCUUUGUACAGUUAACAAAUAACUCAUUUUUUUAAUGCAAUAUAAUUCCCCAGUUUGGGGUUUAAUGUUUACUGUCUCAUGUGGUACUGCAAUAUAUUAAUUUAUUAUGUAAAUGUUUGUUUUGUAACCAUAUUAUUGGCUGUAAUGGUACAAGUGUUUUGUGCCCUCAUUGCAUUGCAACCCAUUUCAAAAUAAAAACUAGAGUUACCUCCUCA